CUGCUCCGGCAUGGGAUCCUCCAUGAGGCAAGCCGCAGCGCCCGGUGAGCACUUUCCACCCGGCCGCGAGCCGAGCGGAACCCCGGCUGAGGCGGAGAUGGAGAGCGAGGUGGAAGGUCGCACGGCCAGCGCGCUGUUCGCAGGGUUCCGGGCCUUGGGACUGUUCAGCAACGACGUUCCCCACGUGGUGCGGUACAGCGCGCUCAAGCGCCGCUUCUAUGUGACGACUUGCGUGGGCAAGAGCUUCCACACGUAUGACGUUCAGAAACUUAGACUGGUUGCCGUAAGUAACUCUGUCCCACAGGAUAUCUGUUGCAUGGCGGCUGAUGAGAGGCUAGUCUUUGCUGCGUAUGGCAAUGUCUUCUCUGCGUUUGCCCGUAAUAAAGAGAUAGUACAUACUUUUAAGGGCCAUAAGGCAGAAAUCCACCUUUUGCAACCCUUUGGCGAUCACGUUAUUUCAGUGGAUACUGACAGCAUUCUUAUUAUUUGGCACAUAUAUUCAGAAGAAGAAUACCUUCAGUUGAGUUUUGAUAAAUCAGUUUUCCAAAUUUCUACAAUUUUGCAUCCAAGCACCUACUUGAAUAAAGUCCUACUGGGCAGUGAACAGGGAAGCCUGCAGUUAUGGAAUGUAAAAUCCAAUAAGCUUCUGUAUACAUUUUCUGGGUGGAAAGUUGGAGUGACAGCCCUUCAGCAGGCACCGGCUGUGGAUGUUGUUGCCAUUGGUCUCACGUCUGGUCAGGUUGUCAUUCACAACAUUAAGUUUGAUGAAACAUUAAUGAAGUUCCGUCAGGACUGGGGGCCCAUUACUUCCAUUUCAUUUCGCACAGAUGGUCACCCGGUAAUGGCAGCUGGAAGCCCUUGUGGCCAUAUUGGACUCUGGGAUCUGGAAGACAAGAAAUUAAUCAACCAGAUGAGAAAUGCACACUCCACAGCAAUUGCAGGGCUGACAUUUCUCCACAGAGAGCCACUGCUCGUGACAAAUGGCGCUGACAACGCUCUUAGGAUAUGGAUAUUUGAUGGCCCUACAGGCGAAGGACGGCUGCUGAGAUUCAGAAUGGGACACAGUGCUUCUCUCACCAAGAUCAGAUAUUAUGGACAAAAUGGACAGCAGAUUUUAAGUGCAAGUCAAGAUGGAACUCUACAGUCAUUUUCUACAGUUCAUGAAAAAUUCAACAAGAGCUUGGGGCAUGGAUUAAUAAAUAAAAAGAUAGUUAAACGUAAAGGACUUCAGAAUACCAUGUCAGUAAGGCUUCCACCUGUCACAAAGUUUGCUGCUGAGGAGGCUCGUCAAAGUGACUGGGAUGGUAUCAUUGCUUGCCACCAAGGUAAGCUAUCCUGCUCAACCUGGAAUUACCAAAGGUCUACAAUAGGUGCUUAUUUUCUCAAGCCAAAAGAACUAAAGACAGAUGACAUCAUUGCAACAGCAGUAGAUAUAACUUCCUGUGGAAACUUUGCAGUAAUUGGCCUCUCCUCGGGAGCUGUAGAUGUGUAUAACAUGCAGUCUGGUAUACAUCGAGGAAGUUUUGGAGAUGAAAAAGCUCACACAGGUUCUGUUAGAGGUGUUGCAGUGGAUGGUUUAAACCAGCUGACGGUCACAGCUGGUAGUGAACGACUUCUCAAGUUCUGGAACUUUAAAAGCAAGGCUUUAAUCCAUUCUCUGAGCCUCGAGUCAUCCCCAAACAUGCUGCUGCUCCACAGGGACAGUGGCAUUCUGGGGCUCGCCUUGGAUGACUUCUCCAUUGCUGUCCUAGACAUAGAGACAAGGAAGAUUGUCAGAGAGUUCUCCGGACACCACGGCCAGAUAAAUGACAUGACAUUCAGCCCUGAUGGCCGCUGGCUGAUAAGCGCUGCAAUGGAUUGCUCUGUUAGGACUUGGGACCUUCCGUCUGGGUGCCUUAUCGACUGCUUCUUGUUGGACUCGGCUCCUCUCAAUGUUACUAUGUCCCCAACUGGAGACUUUCUAGCAACUUCCCAUGUGGAUCACCUUGGAAUUUACCUAUGGUCGAAUAUUUCCCUCUAUUCAGUUGUCUCCUUACGACCACUUCCUCCAGAUUACGUCCCUUCCGUGGUGAUGCUUCCUGGGACUUGCCAAACCCAAGGUGUGGAGGUGCUGGAAGAGCAGACUGAGCCGAGCGAUGAGAUGAUAGAGUAUGAGUCUCCACAGCAGCUGAGUGAGCAACUGGUGACUCUGUCGCUUCUCCCUGAGUCACGCUGGAAAAACCUUCUGAAUCUUGAUGUUAUCAAGAAAAAGAAUAAACCAAAAGAACCACCCAAAGUGCCCCAGUCAGCACCGUUUUUCAUCCCAACAGUUCCUGGACUUGUACCCAGGUUUGCCGUGCCUGAGCAGAAUGGGGACUCCCAGCAGUCUAAAGUGGUAAACCUUGGGAUUUUGGCUCAGAAAUCAAAUUUCUACCUGAAACUUGAAGAAGGAUUGCUAAAUAAUCAAUAUGAAGCUGCUCUUAACCUUCUGAAGGAAUUAGGCCCAUCAGGAAUUGAAACAGAGCUGCGAAACCUGUCUCCUGAUGAUGGUGGGUCGGUAGAAGUCAUGCAGGGCUUUUUGAGAAUGAUCGGGAUGAUGCUGAACAGAAAGCGUGAUUUUGAGUUAGCCCAGGCAUACCUUGCGUUGUUUCUGAAGUUACACCUCAAGAUGCUUCCUUCAGAGGCGGUGCUGUUGGAAGAGCUGGAGAAGUUGUCAUCCCAGGUAGAAGAAGACUGGACUCACUUACAGUCACUCUUCAAUCAGAGCAUGUGUGUUUUAAAUUAUAUCAAAAGUGCUCUGCUGUGAGAAAUAAACCUCAGUGAUCGCAGCACUCACAGCUGCAUGUGAAAUGGACUGUUGAGCUUGUCUUCAUCCGCUGCUCAGCGUGGAGGCUGCUGGCGCUGCUUCACCAGCAGGGUUCUGUAUCUGAAGAGCAGAAACUUUCUGGGUGUAAAAUUACACCUUCCUGUUACUCUGAACACCUAGGAAUCUAAAACCACUUGAGUUCCUUCACACUAGUCACAUAGACGAGGCUUUUUAAAUUAUUGCCAGUUUGUAUUUUUUCAAUGUGUUACAUAUAAUAGAGAGUGUCUAUUUAGUAUGAAGUUUUGCUGAAUUAAAUUGACAUUGUCAGGUAAAACAUCUAUAAUAUAGUUCUAAAAUGCUUUUGUUAUCUUAGAAAAACAAGUUGUUUCUUUUCUGGGUGUCAUUUGAUGAAGGGUAGACUGUCGAUUCUUGGGGCUGUGCUUCAUAUCUGGUACCUGUGGUACAGCCCGACUGUGUUACAAGUAAGGUCGUCUGGGACCUGUGGCGUGUCUAGCUUUGUAGCACAGGGUCUAGAGCUUUCUCUGUUGCCUCCUUUCUAAACAAGUUUUUGUUAGCUCGAAACGUGAGAGGGACUGCUUCACGCAGGUGCUCCAGGAAGAGGUGCAGCAGGUGCCUGUACAGGGAGAUUCCAAGCUCCACCGAGGCUGUCUUUCGCGGCUUUUCCUCCUUCUCUGACGUGUUUAUUUGAGAAGAAACUGCUGGCAGCCCUUGUCAUCAUUCUCUUUUUUAUGGACUGAUGAGUUAGCAACACAGGAAUUCUUUUUUCUUAUCAAAUCAUGAACUAAAUUUUCUUACCUUUUUCAGGUGAAAGUGCAAACUUGAUCUGUUGUCAUUUUUACUAGCAGUGUCUUUAGACAGUAUGUUUUGUCAAUAACCUUCCAAAACCUUAGACAUUUACCAUCAAGGAAGAGAAGAAAAAAACACAAAGUAUUUUUGUGUAUAUAUUUUUCUUAAAAUGUAAUCGGUUUCCGCAUACUUCUAUAUUUUUGAACUUUAGUCUUUACUUUUGAAAUUUAAUGUGUGUUGUAUAUGACUACAUUUUACUUAUAAAAAUAUCAGAUGGAUUUGUUUUUGGCAACAGUGUUUGAUCCCAGUAAAUAGACAUAGAACAUGAAAUGUAGAGGUUUUAUUUUUUUGUUUUGUUUUUUACUUAAAGAAAAGUUUAUAACUUGAAAUGUCAUCACUUGCACAUCAUAUGUUUUAUUAUCUACUUUGCCUAUCAUCUGCCCAAAAUUAGGGAAUUUUCCUCUGCCACCCCCAACCCUAACACACACACACAGUAACUACAAACCGUGCUGAAGUAAGCAAGCAUCAUGUUGCUUAGGUCUCUGGGUUAAGGAUCUCUGUGUAGCAUAUGCUAAGGGUUUGAAGUGGUGAGCCAGGGGAUUAGCAUUUUUAAUUUGAAGAGAUAUUUCCAUGUGACCUCCAAAGUGAUUAUAUUGUACCUGCUAUUUCAUAACAUGAGGCGUAUUCAGAAUCAUGUCUUUACCACUUGCAUUAAUAGAAUAAAAACUCUGAUUUUGUUUUUAUGUUAGAAUUGAUAUUUGUGUGUUCUAUCUAUUGCAUCAUUUGUCUUUUUAUCAUAGAUUUGUUGAAAGGUUUUUGCUUUGGUUUUUUUAAGACAGGGUUUCACUGUAUAGCUCUAGCUGGCCUGGAAUUCCCUAUGUAGACCAGGUUGUCCUAGAACUCACAAAGAUCCACCUGCCUCUGCCUUCUAAGAGCUGAGAUUAAAGGUGUGUGUCACCAUGCCUCAGCUUUUGUUGAGUAUUUAUGCAACCUAAACAUUGGUCUUUGUUACCUCCAGGUAGUUGUAUGUUUCUGACUUUCUGGCAUUGUUUUAUAGAAUCCUAGGGAUUUUACAUUUUUCAUAUAUGGUCAAGUUGAUAAUGUUUUAUGUCUUAUCCUAAGUUAUAAAGUAAGUCCUCCAUUC